GUCAGUUGGUCGCGCGACUUCAUGCGAUGCAAAGCAAAAUAAAAAGCUUAAACCAGUGAAAUAAAGUAGUAAUUUUGUGAAUUGCUUAAUCUCUUAUUUUUUGGAUUAACUGAAACAAUUAUAUUGCAUAAUAUUGUGAACACACGACAAGAUUAUUUCCCUAAUAAUUGGAGAAUUGACACAAGUUUUACCAUUUUAUUUAAGCUGUGCUUACAACAAUGGUAAAUUUAUCAAAAAUGACAUCAAGGAUUGCAUUACCGCUAUUAAUAGUGCUACUGGCAACUGUAACAAAUAUUUUUGCACGUCCACACCACGCUCCACAGCCGUAUGCUCAUCCUGCUGUAUUGGAGAACGAGGCAAUCGAGUCACAAUAUCCAAGCUAUUUUAAAAAUCCAUUCUAUAAAACUCCAAGAGUACGUACACAUCUCGCAAGACAUAGUUGGUUGGCGUAUGGCGAGCAGCCUGUCGAAAAUAGAAUUGCUGAUGCAGUCCCACGAAAAGAAAUUUACAAAUUGUUAACACAUGCUGGUCUUGUUUCGCGGGAUGAGUAUCCAUACGCGUAGUCAUAAUCAUUGCUACCUAUGCAAUGCAACUUAAUGUACCAUAAAAUUUACUAUCUUGUAUUUUGUAAAUAUUAAGCAUAAUUGUACACAAUCCGAGCAUUUUAGUCAUAAUUUGU